AUGGAUGAUGAAGACGGCCGGUGCCUGCUAGAUGUAAUCUGCGAUCCUCAGGCCUUGAACGACUUCCUCCAUGGAUCUGAAAAGAUUGACAGCGAUGAUCUCCUGGACAACACCGGAGAUGCAGCCAGCUCCUUCUUUGAAGGUGCUGGGCUCCACGUCCAGGAGUCCUCUGGGAACCACCUAAGCACGGAGCAGAACCAGCCGGCGGCCAGCGUGGACCUGGACUUCUUAGAAGAUGACAUCUUGGGCUCCCCGUCCAGCACCGGGGCCAACCUGCCCAACUCGGACCAACCCUGCGACAUCCUCCAGCAGAGCCUCCAAGAGGCCAACAUCACCGAGCAGACCCUGGAAGCAGAAGCUGAGCUGGACCUGGGCUCCUUCCAGCUUCCCACCCUCCAACCAGUGGUGCAGGCAGCAGCUGAUGGAACCCCCCAGAUCUUCUCUGGUGGGGCUGACCUCAUUGGGCUGCAGCAACCCACCGUCCUGACCCACCAAGCCCUGGUGCAGCAGUCAGUAGGAGCUGAUGUGGUCAACAAGGCCAUCAGCGUCCAGCCCUUCCUCCAGCAGGUCGGGUUGGGGAACGUCACCAUCCAGCCCAUCUCCAACCUCCAAGGUCUGCCCAACGGGAGCCCCAGCGGCGCGUUGGGCAUCGGGCCCAUCCAGGUGGUGGGGCAGCAGGUGAUGGCCAUCAACCAGUCAGCGCAGCAGAUCAUUGCCAAGCAGGUCCAACCGUCCCAGGUGGCCACCAUGCCCGUUGGGAGCUACAUCACCCAACCAGCGCCCGAGCAGCAGCAGGUCACCCUGGCCUCAACAGGGGUCUCUCCACAAGGUGCUGGUCUCGUCAUCCAGAAGAACCUGCCCACGGUGGCCACCACGACGCUAAAUGGGAAUUCCAUCCCUUUGGUGCAAGCCCAGAACGUCAUCAUCCAUCGGACGCCGACCCCGAUCCAACCCAAACCUGCUGGUGUCCUCCAGCAGAAGCUCUACCAGAUCACCCCCAAGCCCUUUGGUUCCAACAACACCACUUUGACCAUCCAGAACGAAGCUGCCCUCCAGCAGCAGAAGGCCCAGCAGAACCUCACCUUCAUGGCCAGCAAACCCGGGCAGAACGUGGUGCUCUCGGGCUUCCCCCAGGGCCUUCCAGCCAACGUCUUCAAGCAGCCCCCACCCCAACAACAACUCCCGCAGCAGCUCUCGGCUCUUCAGGCCAACAUGGGGGGCCAGAUCUUGACCACGUCCCACCCGGGUGGCCAAGCCCACAUCAUCACCAGCCAAGGGCCCGGUGGGCAGCUCUUGACCAACCAAGCGUUGCCGGCGCAGCUCCUCACCAACCAGAACAUCACGAGCCAGCUGAACCUGGGCCAGGUCCUGACGUCGCAGAGCGCCCACGGCACCGCUCACAUCCUCUCGGCUCCCAUCCAGCUCCAGGCUGGCCAGGUGGGACAACCAGCGCUCUUCCAGAUGCCCGUCUCCUUGGCGGGCAGCUUGAGCACCCAAAGCCAACCCGUGAUCCAAGGGGUGACGUUGCCCAACCAAGUGGCCAUGCUCAACGCCCCCGAGAGCAUGGGGCAAGCGGUGAGCAUCCAACCUUCUGCUGCCACCACCAGCCAAAGCCCCGGCCUUGGCCAAGCACAAGCAAGCACAGGCACCAACCUGCUGGCCAGCACCGAGCCGGCGUCCAUCCUCACCGUCCAGACCUCCCAAGCAGCUCCUCUGCAGCUCAGUGUCCCACCAGCACCUCCAGCCCAACAGCCCGUCACUUCCCAAGCCAGCCCCACUCUGGCUUCCAGCCCGGAGAAGAUCAUCCUGGGCCAAGCAGCUCCUGGAGCUGUCCUCAACCAGGACUCCAUGCAGAUGUUCCUGCAGCAG